AUGAGUCAAGACAACACACCCGUUCCCUCGACUGAGGGAGCAACCCAAGGUCAGACCAUGUCUGAAGCCGAGCUGGACCAGAUGCAGAGCAUCCUCGACUUUGUCUACGACUACAGAACCCCCGACGGCCAUGACCCUUCCAAAGUCUUCCACCGCAAGGUUAAUAAGCGCGCACUUCCACACUACUACGAGGUCAUUAAGGAUCCCAUGGCUAUGAGCACUAUCAAAGCAAAGAUCAACACCAAAGAGUACAAGAGCUGGUCAGAAUUUGUGCGCGACUGGGCUCUGAUCUUCCACAACUGUCAAACCUACAACAGACCCGACGCCGGCGCAUACCAGGAUGCCUUGACCCUCCGCGACGUCGUCAGCACCGAAUUGAAGAAGCUCGUCCAACUCAACGUCAUCUCAGAAGAAGUCGCCAAAUUCCCCUACCUAGGCGAGAUCCCGCCCGCCGACGACCUUGCCGAGGAAGAUGAUGACGAGGAAGACGAAGACGAUGAAGAGGAUGACGACAUAGGCGGCGACGAUUCAGACGAAGAUGGCACCAAACGUAAGAGGAAGCGUGGUCGUCCUUCAAAACGCGACCGUGAUCUGGACAAAGACGACGAUCCCGAGACCAGAAAGAAGAGGGGCAGACCACCAAAGGUGCUCACUCCCGUCGAAGCUCGCAUCCAAGCUGUGCUCAAGGGCAUCAGAAAACCCAAGGGGCCCGGUGGACUGAAGAUCGCAACGUUUGAACGCCUGCCCGACAAACAAGCCAUGCCCGAGUACUACGCUGAGAUCCGAGAGCCCAUGGCAUUCGACGUGCUGAAGCGCAAGCUCAAGAGGAAAAAAUACCAGUCGCUCGAGCAGUUCAUGAGAGAUGUCGACCUCAUGUUCAACAACGCAAAAGCAUACAACGAGGAUGACAGUCAGAUCUACAGGGACGCCGUCGAGUUGCAAACCGAGGCGCACCGUCUGGCCAAUGAGGAGCGCAGCAAGCCCGACACCGAUUAUGCUAUGGACGAAGGCAGAAUCCCUCUGCCCAACGGAAUCCUCUACAAUGGCGAGCUCUACAAGGUCGGCGAUUGGGUCCACGUACAGAACGCAAACGACCUGACCAAGCCCGUUCCCUGCCAGAUCUACCGCACCUGGCAAGACCCCCAAGGCGGCCAAUGGGUCAACGUCUGCUGGUACUACCGUCCUGAGCAGACAGUGCACCGCUUCGACAAGCACUUCCUGGAGAACGAAGUAGUCAAGACGGGCCAGUACCGCGAUCACCGUGUUGACGAGAUCGUUGGCAGGUGCUUCAUCAUGUUCACCACACGCUACUACAAGGGCCGCCCUCGCCGUCAACCCGCAGAUCUGGACAUCUACGUGUGCGAGGCUCGCUACAACGAGGAGAAGUUCAAAUUUAACAAAAUCAAGACGUGGGCUAGCUGCUUGCCCGACGAGGUGCGCGACAGAGACUACGAGAUGGAUCUGUUCGACAUGCCGCGCAAGAUGAGGAAGGUACCCAGUCCGAUUGCAUACCUCCUGAAGGACACAGACAAGGAGACGGACGACAUGCCCAAGCCUGAGUGGGGAGCGGAGAAUGCUCCUCCCAAGAUUGGUGCUGUCCACAGACGCUCGCGCGAUCCCAGAGACUCUCCUCCUCCAGAGCCUACACCCUCGCCUCCACCCGCGCCAGUUGUUCCUCAAGUCCAGGCUCGUCAAUCUAUGCAAAUGUCGCCCUCCAAUCCUGCUGCCACCAUGCAAGCAUAUUCGCCCAUGCAGGCACAGAUGACGCCUAUGCAAACGGCCGUCCAGCCCAUCCGUCCCAUGCAAUCCAUGGCUCGUCCUUCGCACACUCCUGCUGUUCAGCACUACACACAGAACCAUUCCGCUUCUCCCGCACCUAUGCCUAGCCUCCAUCGCGGAUCUUCUGGCUCCUUCAAUCCCGCCACCCCUCAACACACAACCACCAUGCCUCUGCCUCGCACCACCAGCCACACCUCGACCUUCCAAACACAACCUCCCGCCAUCCCACCUGCUCCAUCCGCCUCACAAACCCGCUCUUCAUACCGCGACCCCGCACCCAUCGAAGUUUGGACGCUGCCCGACUCAGCAAACGCCAGCAUCCCACCCGAGAUCCGCAACAUGUACCAAACCGACGAUCAAGGCCGCAUCCUCUUCUUCCCCACCCCUCCCGUCCAGCUCGCCGACGAACCCAACGACCCCAACAAGAAUCUCGGCCACAGCCUCCACUACAUGGCCGAAAAGUCGCGCCGCACUCAAGAAAUCGUCGCUCGCCGUAAAGCCUACGAACAAGGCAAGCUCGCCUUCGCAGCCCAGAAAAAGCGUCAACGCGAGAUUGAUGACGAGAUGCGCAAUGCGGACUUCGAAACUCAAAAGAACAGAGCUUUGCAGAUGUUGAAUGAACAUCUCACUCGCAGCACUGCCUGGGAACUCAAAGCCAUGUAUGGAGAAGAAGGCUGGAAGGAUGGCAUGAAUGCUAUGCUGGGUAACUUGGAAGAACAGCAGAAACUCGCUGGGCAGAGAAAGGUGCUUAUGGAGAAGAAUGCUGCUCUCAGGGCUGCUGAGAAGGUGUCCCUCAAGUCGAAUGGUGUUUUGUUUGACAAGGUCGAGGAGGGUUCAACUUUCUGA